AUGCUCCUUAACUCCACCAUUCCUCUUUCGGUGGAUUUCGACACGCCGGGGGACUUCCUCAUCUUCAUCUUCCACAUCCUCUUCGCCACCAGCGCCGCGCUCUUGGCCGGCUCCGUGGUCAUCGGUAUCUCAUGCACCCGGUCCCUGCGCGUCCAGAACCGUUUCAUAUUCAUGCUGAACACCAGCAUCAGUGACACUCUGACGGGCUUCUCCGUCUACUACCUGGGCCUGUUCGACGUCCAGGAGGGCUACCCCUCCAGAAACGGCACCUAUUACAUCUUACCGUCGUUCUUAGGGGUCAAUGUCCUGACGUUCCUGUUCGCUCAGUUUGACAGGUACUUCGCGGUGUGUCAUCCUUUCUUCUAUAACCGCUACAUCACCAGGUCUUUUGUCAUCGGCAUCUGUGCGUUUUGCUGGAUUUACACCUAUUCUAUCCUCACUGUGCAGAACAUGGUGCCGAUUUCCAAAGCGGCUCAGAUUAACGCUUUCGGGGUUAUGACUUUACAGAUCAUAGUUCUAGUGAAGGUGCUCAUGACCAUUAAGUUAUACUUCAUAGCCCGGAGCCAUCUGGUGAGAGAGGUGCCCAGCCAGGAGAGAGACAACAAGAAGGAGUCUCUGCGCAUUAUUGUGUUUGUGGUCAUCUGCUUCUUAGCUCUGUGGUGUCCGUCCUUUGUCAAUAUUAUUGUCAGGCAGUUGACGAGACGAGGUCUUAGGUUUAGGAAUGAAGCCACCAACUUGUUUGCCAUCAUGGCGCGUCUGAACGCACUGGUGACGCCGGCUCUGUACAUCUGGGGCAGCCCGGCGCUGCGUGGGGCCGUGUGGCGCAAAGUGUGGCGCAGAGUGUGUCCUGCAAAGGCGAGGUAA